AAGGCCGCCGCGCGCUCAGGCCAUUGAUGGAGCAGCGGCCUCCAGUCACCGCCCCCUCGCCCUGCCCGAAAGGCAGGGGGCCUCUUGACGAUACCCCGCACACCGCCAUGCCGCCACGGACGUGCUCCGGAGCGCGGGCGCCGCGCACCUGCUAAGCACAGGACUCGCUCGCUGACAUCAGGAACAUGGACGAGCGCAUGGCCCAAGCACCUGACCACCAGCCAGACGACGAUGCCGAUGCUGAAGUAUUACGACACGCUGACCCUGAACUACUGGACGCUGAGCUUCAACAACAACAUCCUCACGAAUACAGAGGGCCAGCACAGGCAGGAUCACACCAUGCGACCCAUGAAUUGCCACCAGUGGAACAAUUGCACGCUGAACGUGACUUGCCACAUGGACUACUACACCCACACCCACACUGCGAAGGACUACUGGACGCUGAGCAUCAAUCCCAACAUCAUCACGAACAUACAGGGCCAGCACAUGCAGGAUUACGACACGCGGACCCUGAACGACUGGACGCUGAAUGUCAAUUUCAACAUCUUCACGAACACAGAGGGCCAGUACGUGCGGGACUGGACGCUGAGCUACAUCUCCAUGAACACAGAGGGCCAGCACAUGAAGGAUUACGACACGCUGACCCCGAACUACUGGACGCUGGACCACUACCUACACACCCAGCUCGCGAAGGACUACUGGACGCUGAGCGACAAUUCCAACUUUUUCACGGACAUAGAGGGCCAGCACAUGCAGGAGUACGACACGCUGACCCUGGACGACCUGGACUACACCACGCUGCACCUGAACCGCCACCAGUGGAACAACUGCACGCUGGACUUGAAUUGCCACCUGGACUUAAAGGUCGACAUGAACGUGACCCUGGUGACGAGCGCCCUGAUCAUCAAUUUCCAGAUAGGACUCAUACAGGAUGAAACUCAACGCGCACAGAACAUCGGUAAGCAGGACACCCUGGCCGCACUGGGCAUCCACGGGGCUACGGAGAAGGCCGAACGGAACAUCAAGAUCAUGCAGUUAGACAUUUACGACGAGCAUGGCAAGCAGGUAGAUGCCAUCACGCAGGAGCACGAAAGCUACGAGCACAUUAUGGAUUCCCUCAGGAAGAGCGGCCCCCCAGAGGACAAGAAAUGCCUGCGGGGGAUAGGGUCGCCAGCUCCGUCCCGCGCGCUGACGGCCCUGGAAGGACUGUACAAGUGCGACGUGGGCGGCUCCAUGAAGGGUGCCAUCGAGGACAUCGAGGCGGAGGCGGAGAUCAGCAAGGAAGAUAUCCUCGACGCCAUCAACUUCGUGCACCUGGAAAAGUGCUACGACCACGACAAGACGAAGCUGGUGAUCGGCGCGCUAGGCGCGCCCAUGUGGGAGGGCCAAAUCCUGAUCAGCCGCGCCCUCGAGGCCGAGGGCCAGGCGGUCCACCACCGAGACGUGGGCCCAGUGGGCUG